AUGGAGGAUGACAUCCCUAACAUCCCAAUUCACGAUUUCCAAAUCAACGAAUGGGACUACCAUCUGUAUAUGCCGGAAAUGGCUCCAUCCGCCAACGUUAAAGACAACAAGCACAAAAUAGUUGGUAAGACACUGGAACACGUCCAAAAUGUGAGAUGUGAUAAGGAUUCUUCUGGUAUGGAUGAUUCUGCAAGUACGGUGGAAGAUGACAUCCAAAUUCACGAUUUCCAUAUCAACGAAAUGGACUACCAUCUUUAUAUGCCGGAAAUUGCUCAAUCUGGUAAUCCCGAUCUUGGCAAUAAUGAGAAAAUCGAUCCCGGUCACAUGUCCACUGAGGGAGGUAUUGAGAAAGAAAAUGACGUCAUCGCUGUGACGUCAUCAAAAACAUUCAAGUGCAAAAUAUGCGACAAACAGUUCAAGUGGGCUUACAAAUUGAAACAACACAAACUUCUUCACAAAGGAGAGAGACGUUUCGAAUGUGGCGUUUGUCAUAAAACAUUCCCUCGUGCACAGGCUUUGAACGUACACAAACGUCUUCAUUCAAAUGAGGGACAAUUCGAAUGUGAAGUUUGCGGUGAGAAGUUCAAUCACCAAUCGAAUUUGUGUAGUCAUAAAUUGAUUCAUAACGACAAGGCAAUGUUCUUCGAAUGCUCGAUUUGUGGAAAAUAUGUUCGAGAUCACAUCAGAAGUGUGCAUAACAUGAAGGAAAAUCAGCUAGAAAGAGCAAUGAAACGAUCGAGAUCCGCUCUAUCUGCCAACGUCAAAAACAACGAGGACGAGUUGGCAAAGAUAUUUGGUAAGCGACGGGAGGCAUCUGGAAUACCAGAACACGUCCAAGGUAUAAGACGUGAUAAGAAUUCUUCUGAUGAUUUUGCGGGCGCUUCAGUUGACGACGACUUCCCCGUUCAUACCAAUUUCCAAAUUCAGUCUUCUCAAAUGGAUCAAAAUUUGGUGGUCACUUCAAUUGAAGAUGACAUCCCUAACACCCCGGUUCACGACUUCCAAAUCAGCUACCAUCGUUAUAUGCCGGAAAUCGCACAAAGCGCCUUAGGUGAUCCAGAUUAUGUGUUCACUGAUGAUAGAAUCGAGAAAGAAAAUGAGGACACGAGACUAAUGAUGCCAACGUCUUCUUACCUAAAUUUAUAA